AUGUUGAUGCUUACAACAUCCCAUAUCCACCUCAUCCCAUAUCCACCUCAUCCCAUAUCCACCUCAUCCCAUAUCCACCUCAUCCCAUCUCCACCUCAUCCCAUCUCUGCCUCAUCCCAUCUCCACCUCAUCCCAUCUCUGCCUCAUCCCAUCUCCACCUCAUCCCAUCUCCACCUCAUCCCAUCUCCACCUCAUCCCAUCUCUGCCUCAUCCCAUCUCUGCCUCAUCUCAUCUCUGCCUCAUCCCAUAUCCACCUCAUCCCAUCCGGCCACGUGCCUGCCAGCAGCGUGCAGGCGGGCGUUCACAGAGAGGGAGGUGGCAGGGGCGUUUGUGGACUGUGCACGCAUGUGCGUUGUGGCGCCCGCCACCAUCACCCGCUAUGCCGCCACCCCCUAUCCCUUAGACACCAGCGACGACCCCCUGCCGUGCGUGAUCAGUGAGUUAGGCGGGUGGUCAGUGAGGGGAGUUGUGCCCCACCCUGCUUCGCCAUCCUUACACCCAUUCUUCCCACCACCCUUCCCUUCCCUCCCCACUCGCCCUCAUCUCCUCUGCUCCCCACCAGGGAUGGACGGCGAGCCACCUGACGUGUUCGCAAACAGCAAGUUGUUUGAUCAGCUGGGCACCAUCUACUACGAGGAUGGCGCUCUGUCAGGAGACUCCUCCUCGCCUUCCUCCUCCUCUUCAUCCUCUUUUUAG